CGGGUACGCGGAGGAGAUGUCGGCAGGGAGGACCCAGAUACAUUAUUGACGUUAUUCCAGCCUGUGAAUACAUUUCUCACCAGAGCUGCAGGAAACUUAACGGAGCGAAGAAUGGGAAGGAGCACACGCGGUGUUUCGUACGCUGAAAGCCUGGCUGUCUCCACCGAACACCGACUCUUGCUUUUCAGCGGUUUAUUCAGUAGGGACUAGCUUUGGGGAGAGCGAGCAAGCUAGCAGUGCAGGCUAGCUUCGCGGAGAGGCUAACUUGCUAGCAACACUGCUGCCUUAUUGUGGCCCGUAACCAACCCUCCCAGCUAGCAUCCGUCGCAUGCCCAGAAAGAAAAAAUGGUGUACCUUUUAAAUCCUAUAGAGAACCUGAGAAGCUACAUCAACAACCGUCCACCUCUGGUCAUUUUCAUGAUCAGCGUCAGUGCAGUGGCCAUCGCCUUCCUGACCAUUGGUUAUUUCUUCAAGAUUAAAGAGAUCAAGUCUCCAGAGUUGACAGAGGACUGGAACACCUUUCUGCUGCGCUUUAAUGAGCUGGACUUUUGUGUGUCAGAGAAUGAGACAAUAAAACACGGCCUGAACGAGUCAACCACACCAGAGAGCAUGGUCGUGACCAGCGGCCAGGCUCGCUCCAGCACCCAGGCUCCCCUCCUGCUCGAGGACUCAGGUCCCAUUAACAUCUCGGUCCCCAUCACGCUCACACUGGACCCUCAGCGCCCGUUUGGAGGCUAUUCUCGCAAUAUCACCCACCUGUAUGCCACAGUGCUGGGGCAGCAAGUGGGCCUGUCUGGCCGGGAAGCCCAUGAAGAAAUAAACAUCACUUUCACCCUGCCCGUGUCCUGGAACUCGGACGACUGUGUGCUGCACGGCCACUGCGAGCAGGUGGUGUUCAGCACUUGCAUGACCAUCACAGCGGCCAGCAAUAUCUUCCCAGUCACAGUGCAGCCGCCACACUGCGUGCCGGAGACGUACACCAACGCCACGUCUUGGUACAAGGUGUUCACCACAGUCCGUGACUCAGAUACUAAGUACAGUCAGGACUACAACCCCUUCUGGUGUUACAAAGGAGCCAUCGGCAAGGUGUACCACGCACUGAACCCAAAGCUUACCGUCAUUGUUCCCGAUGAUGACCGUUCCCUCAUCAACCUGCACCUGAUGCACACUAGCUACUUCUUGUUUGUCAUGGUCAUCACUAUGUUCUGCUAUGCAGUCAUAAAGGGGCGGCCUGGCAAAGUACGACAAACCAACCCUGACUUCUGCCCUGAGAAGGUACAACAGACACCAGCAGUGCUAUAUGACCUCAACAGGUGGCGCUGUCAGAAGGUUAAAAAGACAUCAGAGAGCUAUGCCAGAACUUACCUGUAACAUGGACAAACUCAAAGAGACAGAAGAAAUAAAAAUAAACAUACCAGUUGCCUAGUGAACCCUGGACAUACCAUAAGGGACACAAAAGCUCUGUGAAUGCAUUACUCUUGCAAUGUUGGGUUUCUCCAACCAAAGAUAUACAAGUGCCUGUAUCUGUGGUGUAAAUAUUUGUAGGAACUCUGAUAUUCUCUGCAAAACCUUCUUCCUUUUUUUUUUCUUUUUUCUUUGAGUUAAUUAUUAUUGUUUUUGCCUGAGCCCCCUUGUGCCAUGUCAGAACAUGCAGUAUGUAAUCAAAGCAGAAGGCCACAUCUGAGAACUACUCAGCCAUUUUCCCCAGUAGUCAUUUGGUUUCACUUUGUCAAGCAAGAUAGAAAGAAAAGUCAUUUUAUGGCAUUUAUCACAGAUUUAAGUACAUUUUUGGUGUAAAUGCUAAAAAUAUCUCAAAACAAAUUGUCAACAAAGUCUCUCCCAUGAUGACAAAGCAUGAUGUUUAGCCACUUGAAAUGUGUUUAAGUGAAUAUACUCAAUUUUAGAUGCUUGAUUUAUGCUGGAAUCGCCAGUAUGCACUUGUCAUUGCAGCUUAUACAGGGGAAAAAAUAACAGUGUAAUCAAAAGUCUGAUCAAAAUCAGGACCCUUCAUACGGUCCAUUAAAAAGUCGCUUUGCACAAUUAGUUUAUUUAAUUGAACACUCAAUCACAUUCUGUCUCUCUGCGAUGUCAAUAAACACCAAGUAUUUAGUUGAUUGCACUGCGCACAUUAAUAUAUGAAAAACAGUAACCUUAACGAGUCCCACUGUCUCAGUUUGUAUCCUGUCAUCAGUCACUGCGUUUUAAAGGCAGUUAAAUAAGCCAAAAUUGAGUUUUUCGACUUCGAGACAAGUAAACGUCACACUGAAAACAUCUCUCUGCCUUUCGUUUUCCUUCUUCAGUGGCUUCAUCACUCACCUGCCUCUCGUCUUUUUUGGUUUGCUGCCGGGCGCUCUGCAGCAGCUUUUUAAGUGACGUUCAGUCCGGUUCUUCUCUGUUGCACUUGGAUGGAACUGAACAUUAUCUUGCCUUACCUACGGUGGACUUGCUUGCUUGAAAAUAGGCGGAGAGAUCAUAUACUCUCUUUCCCACAUUAACCGAACCUUUCUUCCACAACCAAACGUCUCUCUUUUUUUUUGUUUGUUUCUUCCAGUAUGAUGAGCCUGUGGUUUGAAAUCAAGCUUGUGAUCGUUGUCCUGUUAAUAUAAAUGUCAAACAGCCCUUGAGUUAUUCUGUUUUUAGGAUGCUUUUGAUUUACUUAAGCUUUUAUUUGAAGCAAAUUGUUAUCAGUUGCACGUGUUAAAAAGUGUUUGCAUAGUUAGUGCACCUUCGGAUUUCUUGCACAUUUUGUUAUUUGCUCCUGUGAUAUAUUUUUAUUUUUAUUUUUUUUGUCCAAAAUCACAUGUAAACUAUCUGAUGUUGGCUGAACUAGUUGGCCUGCAUUUAGAAAUAAAUAUAAUUAUACACUAGCAUAUAAUUAUAUUUAUGUAAUUAUUAUAUUUAUGAUUUAAAACAACAUUUCUUUUUGUUUAAUUAUUUUGUAGUACAACAAAAUGUGCAAAAACUCACUCUUAUGUGUGAAUGCGUGAAUUUGGGAAAUGUUUCGAUAAAGAAAGGCGGCUGUAGAUGUGAUUCUCUAACAUCGUCAGAAUGUUUUUUGAAGAGAUUCUGGCGCAGAAAUGAAAAAAAAACAAAAAACAAAGCAACCUCCUCUGACAUCCACCUGCAAAAUCUUUUGCAUUUGUCGUGAAUGUCGUUGUGUUGAGCUCAGCCGACUUUGACAAUCAUUUAUUCUAAAUGUAUAGCAGCGCAUAUUAGAUUUGCAAUAAGGAACAAAAAAAUAAAUAAAAAUACAGUGCUGGAAUUAGAUUUGGUUACUGCGUUUAUCUGAGCUUGUCUAAAAACUGCGUAAAUCAGACUUAAAGGAAAACCAGAGAAUUGAAAACAGUCUGCUUAAAUGUUAGGUAUACAUUUUUAUUUUUUCUUUCAAUAGCAGUUACUGAUAUUUCUCACUUACCUCCGUGCUAUCAUUCUGUUCCAUAAUUGAUGUACCUGUUGAAUGUACUUUUUUAUAAGCAGCAUAAUCUAAAUCUGAGAUGCAAGAAUUCCACGUGAUUUUAAAACUAUGAUGUAGGGGUUUUUUUUUUUCUUGUUUGAAAGGCUUUACUUGAAUUGUUUUCGUUCGAGUGAUGUUCAUAUAUUAUAAGGUUUAUCUUUCUUUUUUUUCUGUGAGAAAAAUGAAUCUCUUGUCAUGUUAUUGUAUCAAACA